UCUCACGCUCAGUCUCCAGCGCGCCGCGCCGCCGAACGGUCGCGUCUCACAAUACCGGCUAUAUCGUCGUGACAUACCCGAACUAUUGUGAACGCUGCAGUGACGAAGUGAAAUAUUCCGGUACAGAGCCAGUAGUGAUUGAUAUGUGCUAGUGCUGUGACGUGUUGAAGUUUUAGUUUAUGAUGUGAACAGUUGUCAGUGAGUGACUAUGCCGUCUGACAGUGGCUCCACUUGGUCGCCGCCGGCCUCUAACAGCGAGAGGAGAUUGAGUAACUCUUCAGAUGGCAGCGCCGGCAGUGGAUAUUCUAAGGCUACAACAGACAGCGCUGACUUCCUCACAACACGGCCGCACACAGCAGCGGUGUUGCCGGGGAAGCCGGCGACGAACCCGCUGCAGUUCGUGCGGGUCGCGCCCGCCGACCUGGGCAGCCGCGCCCGCGAGCAGCUGCGGCGGGCCGAGCUAGCCAAGCGGACAGAGCCCGCGCGGGUGGAGCGCCAGGAGGAGUGGCAGUCAAAUCUGGACAACUGGAAAUCUUCGCGGCGGAAGCGAGUGGAACAUAUCAUAGAGCGGUGCGUGGAAGUGAGACGGAUGGAGAACGAGCCCAGCCAGCCACGAGCCAAGUCCAAAACAUUCAACGAAAUGCUGGAAGAACGAGCGGGGAGACGACGGGUGCCCCUCCCGCUGUACGCAGAGGACGAUGGGCACGAUCUCAGCGACCUCGGCAUCGGCACUUCAAGCACCAAGAGCAGCCUCAGCGAGGACUGCGACACACACAGCUUGGCUAGCGAUGGAAUGGAUUUAGACAAGAACCAUUCAGACGUCGACAACUUGUCGAACUGCGAUAACCGCAAGCUGGGCUCCAGCGCCAACGAAUACGACACCUGCACGACCAUGACAAUCAGCUCCCCUGAACCUGAGGAGUACACUUAUGAAGGAGCUAUCGAGGGCUACAAGUCACGAAUAAUCUCCCAAACCAACAGCACUAUCGUCAAAACUGUCGUUAACAAUUCCAAAGAAAAGUCCCCAGAUAAAAUCAACGGUGACCUAAACAGAAUCAGAACGUCAGUCAGCAACAAAAUAGAGGAAAAAGUUUCCUCGUUCCAAAGGGAAAGAGCUGACGAACGAAAUAAUAACCAGAAGAAAGACCUACCUAAGGUAGAUAUACACAAACGAAGAGAACAGUUCGAAAGAGAAAAUUCACAAGAGUCACAAAACAAACCAAAAUUACCUGAUAUUGCAAAUAAAAAGUCAAUAAAAGAAAGACUUUCCAGUUUAGAAAGGUUCACGGAAGAAACACAUAUUCAAAAAUCUACGAGCGACCUGAACAAGUUACCUACAGAAGUGAAACCACUAAAAGAGAGGCUUUUUAAACUCGAAAAGGUCAAGUCUGCAUCUACAGAACCUGAUAAGGCUAAAAGACAUUCAAAUGGAGACCUCGGUAAUGCAAAGUCUUUGAAAGAGCGUCUCUCAAGUCUCAAGUCACAAACAUCAGAAGAGGAAAAGAUUACCAAAACUGAGGUAAAAGAAGUGUCUAUGAGUCUUAAAGAGCGCCUUUCAUGUUUAGACGCAGCAAAAAACAAGGAAAUACCUAAGAUAUUGGUAGAAGAACAAAUGAUGGUUACGGAAAAACCAGUAGCCAAAGAAGAGGAUUUUAACGAUAAUCUCAUGCAGAGCUCAUUAAAAGCCAGUUUGACAGGAAUAGAAAAUCAAAUGCAGAGUUUCUGUCGUUCUCUUGACAGUUUAGACAUUAAUGGUCAAACAUCACCCAGCUCUUUUGAAAGAGUUCAAAGUUUUGAAGAUUUUGAUUGCGCUGAUAUGCAGAACAACACUGCCCAAAGUGAUAUUGAAACUGAAGAUAGUGGAAUUCAUACCGCACGAGACUCUGCUCCGGCAGAUGAUAUCGCAGACUUAACACAAGUAGCUUCUCCAAUAGGAGAGCCGAUGGUUGAAAUAUCUGAAUACGAGUCCUCUAACGAAGAUGGUGCGAUAGCAUUGGAGCCAAUCAAAAUUGAAGAACCUAUGGAAAUAGUGUCUCAACCCAUACAAUCAAUACCAGAAGACAUUGUUAUUGAAGAAAUUGCACAAGAGGAAGCUCAGGAUAUCAGCAAAGCAGAUUCUGAUAGCGCAAGUAACUAUCUUCAAGCGUUAUCACAACCAGAGGAACUUAGCGUUACUGAAGAAGUGACGGAAAUUCAGAUGGAUAAGGAAGAUGAAGAUACGCUUAAGAGUUUGGAUAAUCAGGAUACUAGUGUAAGUUUGAAUGAGCCGGUCUCCACGGGCUCGGAGGGUGAUACGGUGGUGUUCGAGGGCAAGAUGACUAUUCACCUCAACUUAAACGAAUUAUGUAACAACAAAAACACUGGUGCUGGAAACAAUACUAACGUUAAGGAAACUAGCACUACUAAUGAACCUACUAACCGCAAGAGCAUGCCAAUGGUAAUCGAUGCAUUAGAACUGGCCUUCCAAGAGCUGGACUCUGAAGACAGUUGCGUCAACAAGAGCACCAUGGAAGAUUCUGUAAAAGAACCAAAACAUACAGAAGCUAAGACAGAUGAUGUCCUUGACUUUACGGAGAAGACAGUUACGCCUCUGUAUGAGAACAUGGACAUGUUCUUCCAAAACUCGGUAGAUAACGUAGCAGCUUUCCCACUAGAUUUGCCUACCAAUGUUAUGGAACCUCCAAAAGAAAAGCCACCUCCGCCGCCUACAGAAGAUGAUGAACUUCUUGGCAAUGGUAACUUCAAGCACACAAGUUCUGCGCGUAGAAUAAAGAAGGAAAUCCGCAACAAACGCACCAGCUUCCUCGGCAUCGAAGGCCAAGUCGACGACUACCUCGACGCUGACCUCUCCGCACCUCGGCCCGACAUCACGUCCUUCCUUCAAGAGGAGACGAAGAUCGAGAAACUUCUCUACAAGCGAACACUGUCUCAUGACAAUGCCAAGUUAAGAGACAGUAGAGAUUCCGGAGUGGAUGUGGAUCGAGGACCGUCGGCGGAAGCGUGGUACAAGCAGUCGUCGCCGGAGACGUCGAAUCCUCACAGCAGACAGAACAGUGAGCCAUACACUCACGUAACGGUAACAUCAGACGAAGAAGAAACUUCAAAGAAAUCUGACAAUUUCGCUUCAAACUUGACCUCCAAACUGACGGACCUGGCGCAGCCUGACAUCGACAAUCUCGACAAGAAGCUACAGGAACAACAGGGACGCACUAACGAGGAUUGGCCUGACGGGCACGACGAUGCUCACACAAAGGAGGUUCUGCGUUUUGAACGAGAACUUUUGCAAUUGGAACAAGAAGAGUUAAGAAGACAGCGAGAUAAUUUAAUGAGGGAUCAGACAAGGAUCAUCCAGAAAUCUGUUCAGGAUGUAUCCGAGAAACCACCUCUAAGGAAGGCUGCUAGUGAAAAUCAUCGACACUCAAUGCCCAACUUACUAGUAAAUGAGCCCUAUACUCCUGUGGAGCCUCAGCCAGAAGUGAAAUAUGAUGAGAGUAUAAAAAGGAAGCCAUUUGUGUCGGAAGAGCAUAUACAGAGGCAUUUUGGUGUGGAAGAGAGUCGGAAGGUGUUGUAUGAAGACAGCAAGGAAGAUGUAAGGAGACGGCCGCCGCAGCCUGUUCUACCCCCGAAACCAAGGACUCGGGAGUCCAUUGAAAGAGAGAUUACUAUGAGGAGUAGCAGAGUGCCGUCAGCGGUGGAAUAUGCCAACGUAGAGCGCACGGCGCAUGUGCAGCUACGAUGUAAGCCUGCGCCGGCGCCUGCUCCGGUGAUGCCUAAUGGCAACUACCAUCCUAUGACUCGACAUACCUUACAGGCACUAAGCGCAGCUCCAACGCCGAAGCUGAUCUCGGGAAAUGAAUGGCUGGCGCAGCGUGCGCGCAAACCUGCGGGGUACAACUACAACCAGCAUUGGCUCAUACAGGAGGCAGAACAAAGGCGUAUAGACGAGCAACGAAGCAAACUGCGCGCCGCGCAGAGGCACUCCUACCAUCAGGACAUGCCAGCCUCGGCGCUACUCAACAUGCAUCACAUUAGCACAAGCCAACAACAUUUGCCGCAAGAAUACAAACGUCUAAUACGCGCCGAUACGGACCGGCCGACCGUGCCCCCUCCCAUCCGGCCCGAACCUCCGCUCAGAACCACCUCCUCCCCGAGGGAGCUCCGGGAACUCAGACCAGACAUUAGAGAACAAUCCCGAACGCAGACCUCGCCUAACGCCAAGAUCUCGCCUAGGAUAGAAAGCUUGGAGAAGAGAGAAGCGAAGAGUGACCCGAGAGAAGAUAAGCUGCUGAGCGUGAGCGGGAGAAGAAAGUGCUCGCAUUGUGGAGAGGAAUUAGGUCGCGGGGCCGCCAUGAUAAUAGAGUCGCUGUCGCUGUGCUACCACGUGUGGUGCUUCACGUGCGCGGUGUGCGGCGCGGCGCUGGGCGACGGCCGCGCCGGCGCCGACGUGCGCGUGCGCGCGCGCCGCCUGCACUGCCACCACUGCUACAGCGGCGACGACGGCCGCAAGUACAGCGCUGUCUAGUAGUGCUCCACUACAGUAGCUUACAGUGUACGUGAUCGAUGAGUGCAGAGGACUAUAUUAAUUCUACAAAUUUGUUGUUUGAAUUUUGACCUUGACUGCACUUUCUCAAUUUAUUGGUUCAUCUACAGGCUGCUCUUUGAAGUGCUUAAGGUAUGAACAGACAAAUCCCCGUGGCUCGAUUAUUCGGCCGAUGAUACAAUAUCGUAGAUGUUUAUUCGCCGUGCGUGAAUCACGUGAUUUUGUUUGUUUUAAUUAUCUAAGUACCUAAAAACAGACAGUAAAUAUCCAAAUAUGUAAAUUAACGUUCGCCUUCAAAAUAAAAAUGUACCUGAGCUUAUUGUAGUCAUAUUAAAAUCUUCGUUGUUAUUUCCUUCAACUUGCAGUUUUUGUAAGAGCUGUACUAACUAAGGCUGAAAGAAACUGACGAAGAUUAAAAAGAUUAUGACGAUUUAGGUACGAUGUAAGUUCAAGGGCUUGAAAUAAUAUAGCCAUAAAAAAAGUUUAAUUGUAAAGCUGCACCAUUCAAGUUUGCAACUAGGUAUACUGGAUAUGUAGUAUACGGUCCUCAGUUUCAUUUGCGGCUACUAUACAUGAGCGGCAAACUUGAAUUGGGUAAGUAUUAUAUGGAAUGGAAGUAGCAGGAACAUUAUAUGGCACAGCGACAACGGCUUCGGCAGCCUGUCGCUGUUUGUCAGUUUUUCUGUUCGUACUCAUCUCCAAAACGUCUCGGCGACUCAGCUAGCUUCUGAGUCCGCUAUGCACGCUUUUGUAUUUUAACCGUAUUUUAGUACACAAUGCACAUAGGUUUGGUUUGUUAUGGUCUUGUAAUAAAUCUUAAUGCAAAAUAUGAUUUAGAGAAAUGUAUUUUGUGAUUGUUGAAUUCAUGAGUUUAGUCUUCAUAUAUGAUGCCAAUCACUAAUUCAUUGUUAUCUGCAAAGUAUUGUAGGAUUAUAAUAUUAGAUAUCAUAGGUUUGAAGGUGUUCCGUCAUGUGGUCAUGUCAUAGACAGUAGGUAUGCUGCAAGAAAACGGCCUGAGGCAGGUGAUUCGCGCUAUUGCAAGAAAUAAAGCACUCUUCAGAAAGAGGCAAAUAGCAUACCCACACCAAUAAACGAUCAUCUUGGCAGCUUUGUAAUUUUGCACUUUUUUCGUUUCCGACUUUUUGUGCCAUGUAAAGUUUUUUUCUUUUGAUUAUAGCAAGAAAGUAACACGUUUACUUAUACGUUAUUAAUAAACACUGAACAUGAGUAAGUUUGCACAUAAUAUAUCGAGUUAUUUCAUUUUAAAUGGCACUAUUGUCCUGUGAAAGAGGCCUGAAUGUAGAUAUGCCUUUUUACACAAUGCAUUAUUGUUAAAAAGAACAACAAAGUAAAUUGUAAUAUUUUGUAAAUAGAUUUAAUUUAUGUCGUAGAAUAUGUUACAGGUUAGCUUUAAUAGGUAGUAUUUUAGUGUAAAAGAGACAUUUAAUCCAAAUAUGUGUAUGAUUUAAUAUUUUGUAUAGAAAAAUCUAUAAUGAUUAUUUUGUACUUCUCCACGUCUUAACGUCUAAUUUUGAUUUUGUUUUGAACUAUACCUACUCUUCGAAUAUUGUUCAGGUUAUUAGACUUUUCUACUCUAAUGCGUAUAUUUUUAAUAAGUAUAUAUGAUGGUGAGAAGCUCCAACUCCAAACUAUGUAACAAUAAAUAUUUCUGGUUUAA